UCUUGGCCGUUAUACGCUAACGUUGACGUUGUUGUUGAGUGUUGAUUCCGCUGAUAACUGGCCCUGCACCAUGUCUAUCAACAGCGUGAUAAUUCUUCUCUGCUGCAGCGCCGGAUUAAUUGGCCAUACUAACGUUAUCAUCGCGGCCAGCUCGGCGAAGACAUCGGCCCUGGUCCGGCAUCUCAUCGCUGCUGAAGACGUCCACGUGCCGCCCAACGCCGACCAGCCCGGUCAGCCGGUGCUCGUCGAAGUCAGUCUUCAAGUCACCGCAAUACAACACGAUAGUCCGGAGCUGGAUUUGGCAAUGCUGCGGGGAUUUCUGGACCUGAACUGGAGGGACAGCCGGCUGACGUGGGAACCUCAGGAGCACCACAAUAUUACCGCGGUACGCCUCCCGGCCGACCGCGUCUGGCUGCCCGACAUUACGCUGUAUAACGGGUUAGUCGAUGUUGGCGGAAGGACUGUGUCUGUACAUACGAACAAUCGAUCAACGGCCACGCCGGGUUUACAUCGCUGUCCUCUGUUUUCUUGGCGUCUAGUGCAUUCAUUAAGCAGCUACGGUACGCGCUGUCGAGCGGUAUUCCCGGAAGAACGAAAGCUGGUCUUGGUGCAGUUGGACGGCCGUGUCACGGGGGUACCCCGCGUGACCUUCCCGUUGAGCUGCAAUAAAACGCGCAACUAUUACAGCUCCGGUGAAGUGCACUGUGCUGUUAAGCUAGCUUCGUGGAUGUAUGACGGGUCACUGGUAGAGUUCUGGCGAGCGACGAGAUACUUCAACGAACCGAGUGUCUUGACCAUUGCAGACUACUGGGAUCUGUAUUCCUCCCGUGAUUCCACCUACCGUAUCGUCGACAGCAAGGUGCAACGCAACGUCGUCUACUACGCCUGCUGCCCCGAGUCCUACCCGUCCAUCGACAUGACCUUUACCGCCCAAAGAGCGGCAGCAUCGCCACUGCGACUCACUUGGCCUGCUUUUAUACUCAGUUCAAUGCUAAUAAUAAUACGUUAGUCUUAAUGUGGUUGUAUAUAUAGAAGUAUGCACAUUACUUAUCUGUAGUUCAGCUACUACAUAUAGAACAGAAUAAUUAUUAUUAUGCUACAUAUAAUAAUAAUAAUGGAUAUACUGUAUUAUAUCUAUAUAUGUAUAAUAAUAUUAA